CAAAAAGCGCAGCAGUAACCGGAAGUGCGCUGCUGAAACGUUUCCGGUGUAGUAAGUGUGGUAAAAGAAAAGCAACAUGGACAUCCGACCGAAUCACACGAUAUACAUCAACAACCUGAACGAUCGCGUGAAGAAAGAAGAGCUGAAGCGCUCUCUCUACGCCCUGUUCUCUCAGUUCGGCCAGAUCAUCGAGGUCGUCGCGAUGAAGACGAUGAAAAUGAGAGGCCAGGCGUUUGUAGUGUUUAAAGAGCUCGCAGCAGCUACGAACGCAUUGAGACAGCUGCAAGGUUUCCCGUUCUACAACAAACCCAUGAGAAUUCAGUACGCGAAGACAGACUCUGACGUUGUCGCUAAGAUGAGAGGCACGUACGGAGACAAAGAGAAGAAGAAGGAGAAGAAGAAAAAGGCUCAGGAGCAAGCAGCCAACGCCGCCAAAAAGCCAGUGAAUGCAGUAAACACACAGCCACCUCCACCAGCUACAGUCCAGGUUCCUGAUAAUCCUCCCAACUACAUCCUCUUCCUGACCAACCUACCCGAGGAGACCAACGAGAUGAUGCUGUCCAUGCUGUUUAACCAGUUCCCCGGGUUCAAAGAGGUGCGUCUGGUGCCCGGAAAACACGACAUCGCCUUCGUAGAAUUCGAGAGCGAAGCCCAGGCGGGAGUCGCCAAGGACGCGCUACAGGGUUUCAGAAUCACCGCCACCUGCGCCAUGAAGAUCACCUACGCCAAGAAGUGACCCUCACUAAGCACUGUUGGACUGAAUCACAGCCCUGCUGAACGAAUCUUACCUUCCAUCAUGAUUUCGCUACAGUUGCUAGAUUUUUUCUUUUAUUUUUCUUUUAUGAGUGUACAGGAUUUUUGUUGUUGGAAAAACUGCCACAGGGGCAGAAUCAGGCAUGGGGCCGUCUGUAUUGUAUUAUUUCUUACGUUAGAAUAUUAAAGGACAUUUCUAACAU